CCAACCCGUUUGCAACCUCUGUCUCAAAUUGUCAUCGUGCGUAGUAUUGGUAAAAUCUAUUGCGGAAAGUUGAUGAUCACGAUGGAUCCACCAAAGAAAACAAAGUUUCAGGACCAGAUACAGUCUGCAACUGCACAGAAGAUUUACAUCCUGGAAGACAUCGAAAUUAGAAAAUACAAAGAUGGAGGGAUCUAUGGCAAGGCAAGCAUUUUGUGUGCCAAGACCUACUUUGGAUGUGUGCAUGACUUAAUCGUAACAAAUGAGGCCAUCUUCCCAAAGAUAAGGGCAGACAGCUGCUACUUAGUAGUUGACUACCUCUUGCUUCAGAAUGGACUGCUGAAAAUGACAGAGGCUACUAAACUAAUGGACACAGCCAGGCCCACAAUUAACCAAUCGGUUGUCACCCAGUGGAAAAAUCCACAGCUGGUUAAGGUAGCAGAACUGACAGCCCUGAAAAAGGGCGACAGGGUGUCAAUUAAAGGAACUGUGACGAAGGUGUCAUCACUGCUGGAAACCGAAGUCAGCAAAAGAAAGAUCAUUUCAAUUGAAGAAGACGGAAAUGUUGGUGGAAGUUAA